AGGAAGAAGAAUCAAGUUUGAAAGGGAAUAGAUAGUACUAGAUGCGGUUAACUUCUCGAAGGGGCCAGAGGAUAGAAGCGACGUCAGUCGAGGAGGGAGGGGAAGCUGGACGGGUAAAAGCCUGUGGACGUCGCUCAGGGUAGGGCGACAAGGAUUGACGGGUUCCAUCAGAGGCAGGGCUGAGUGAUCGCAGAGAGGCAAAGGUGUUUUGUCCAGCGGGAACCAGACGCCGGGGGCUUGGAUCUGUGAGACCACCGUCUUCUACUACAUCUCUGGCUGUCAAUAUUCUUCCGUUAUCACUCCAACAAGCGUUCAUUCAUCAAAACAAAUGGAUUAAUGGACAACCAAGAAGAUAUCGAAGUAGUACGGAAGCGAAUGAAACCAGCAACGGUCAAGAAAGGCGAUGAGGAAGUCGAUGUCGUCCAAGAAGAAGAUACAGAAACGAUAGUUGCCGUUGCGGGAUCCGAAGAGAUGGAACUCAGCAUCGCUCGUCUCCUUGAAAGAAUCGAACGCUUCACUCAGCAGGUGUCAGAGCUGCUGGAAAGCGGAAAGAAUCUUUUCAAGGAACUCAGCAAUGAAUUUGAGGAGCGGAUGAUCAUAAUACACAAGGAGCAGAUCGAGAAAUGGCAGGAGGAGAUAUAUGAGCUUCGAUUGGUCGAUGCCUCAAAUGAGGAGGCCAAUGCUCUUCUGCACAACGCUCGCUUUUUACUUCAUCAGAGCGCUCCAAUGUAACUGCUCUUCUGGCGCGUGUUAAAAGCUCUCGGUGGAAGUUUGAACGAGCCAGGGACAGCUACGCUCCGCAUCGUACCUGGAGUUAAAAGUUAGAACGGUCUACAUAUUUGGUGCGUUUGUUUCUAUUUUGAUUCGCGGAUAUUUGUUAGUAGGGAAUGAUCUACAUCGACUGAAGUUCUCAUACAGGUUCUGUAGGGAUGAUGGUUAUAGGUUCCUGUCU